AAUUCAUUCAUCAUCAGAUUGUUUAUCUAAAUCUUCCUUUGGCGCUUAAUACAUAGCUGAUCAAUAAUUGUCAAAUACUCAAAAUGUCUCUCAAACGUGUACUGAUCGUAAAUAAAAUGUUUCCCUCGUCUGGACUCGAAUUAUUAAAAAAGGAAUUAGAAACAACUGUGUUACCAAUUAUGGAUUACGAAGCGGACAGUUUGGCUACAAUCAAAGCUAAGAUUAGCGCUGGAUUUGACGGUCUAAUAUGGAAUACCAAACAUCGCUUAACUGGGGAGAUAUUAGACUUAGCGGGAUCUCGCCUCAAAGCUGUAACCACUAACGCAUCUGGCAUAGAUCACAUAGAUACGGACGAACUGAAGAAGCGCAAUCUUCCCCUGGGAAACACACCGAGUGUUUUGGACAACGCAGUUGCUGAUAUCGCUAUCGGACUUAUGAUUGGCGCAGCGAGACGCUUCAAAGAAGGCGUCAAGGAAAUUGAAACCGGUGAAUGGAAAUCGGGCGUGCAAUGGAGUCUCGGGCAGGAUAUAGCCAACAGUACUGUUGGUAUUGUGGGUUUGGGAGGAAUUGGACAAGCCGUAGUCCGCAGAUUGAAAGGCUUUGAUGUCGCUAAGUUUAUAUAUAGCGGACGCACAGAUAAAAAAGAAGCAAAAGACUUGGGAGUGAGUCGUGUGCCAUUCCCACAAUUGUUAAAAGAGAGCGACUUCAUUAUCCUUUGCUGUCCUCUAACAAAUGAGACGAAACACAUCAUAAAUGCUGACAGUCUAGGCAUUAUGAAGAAAACUUCCGUUCUCGUUAACAUUGGGAGAGGGGGUCUUGUAGAUCAAGCAGCUUUGUAUAAUGCGUUGAAGAGCGGGGAGAUAUUUGCGGCCGGAUUAGAUGUCACGACGCCCGAACCGUUAAACAAAGAUGACCCUAUAGUUUCUCUCCCUAAUUGUUACAUAAUUCCACACAUGGGCAGCGCUACGGUUGAAACAAGAAAUGCAAUGGCUAAAAUAUCUGCUGAGAAUAUACUUUUGGCUCUUAAAGGAAAACCCAUGAUGUGUCCUAUCCCAUUAUGAA